AUGGCGUAUGCGGGCCGAUUGGCUAUCAUCGCCAGCGGGAUAGGCGGACUCGGUUCAACGACUGCUCUAAAGCUCCAAGAGCAGGGCGCAAGCCUCGCGCUGCUCUACGCGCCAUUCGAAGCAUCCAGAGUGAGCGGCGUUCUGGAAUCCGUGUUUGGGAGCCAGGAUCCCAAAGGCAUUUCGACCUACGAAUGCGACAUCACCUCCGAGGAGUCGGUGCAAGAAGUGUUCGACCGCAUCGAACAGCUCGAAGCCUUCCCUUCAAUCCUGGUGAACGCUGCGGGCUAUGUCUCGGUGCAGCCGCUCGAAGAGACAUCCGCGGCCGAAGCCUUAAAGAACUUCUUGCCUAAUUUACUGGGUCCGUUCAUCACGAGUAAUGCGUUCUUCAAGGUCUAUCAGUCGAGAAAGGCGAAGCUCAGCGAGAAUGCUAAGGCUCCGCCAGGUCGGAUUGUGAGUAUCGCCUCCCAGGCCGCACACGUUGCUCUAGAUGGGCACGGAGCGUAUUGCGCGUCGAAGGCGGGGUUGAUAGGACAUACGAAGUGUAUGGCUAGUGAGUGGGCAUCGAAAGGGAUUACGGCGAAUACUGUUAGCCCAACUGUGACGUGGACGCCUCUUGCCGCAAAGGCAUGGGCGGAUGAGGCGAAAAAGGACAAGCAUUUGUCGCAGAUCCCAACUGGGAGAUUCAGUGUCCCGGCGGAGAUUGCUGAGGCAAUCGAGUUCUUGUGUCGCGAUGGUAGUGGCAUGAUCAAUGGUGCGGAUCUUCGUGUCGAUGGUGGCUUCACCAUAAGCAGAUGA